AUGAAUGAGACGGAGCCUCCUUCUAUUCAGCCCGCGUUCUUGGUGUCGCUUGUGGUGGAGCCUCAGAUGCAUGAGAAGGGCCUGAUGCUGGGAAAUGCGGAUUUCGGUACCGGCGAGUUCAAAAAAGCAUUCAAGGCGGCAGAUGUCAACAGUGACUACGUGCUAGUUCUGGAGGAGUUCAAGACGUUCUAUGCACGAACCGAACAGAUCGAGCUGCAGGUCUACAUGACGAUUCCCUUCGUGGAGGAAUCGAAGGAAGGAGAAGCAGAGAGCCAGUUUUUCAACACGGUUUGUUUGGCUGGACCCUCUGGAGAAGUAGUCGUCCACUAUCGCAAAACUCACCUUUGGGACUACGUCGAUGGAAGCUGGGCUUCCAGAGGCGAUAGCCCAGGCUUCGUGGAGACGGAAUUCGGCCGGGUUGGAAUUGGUGUUUGUUAUGACAUACACCGCUUGGCUCAGCUGUACUCGAAUUCAAAUCUCUGGGCCCUCUUGUACUCUGUGGCCUGGGUUGGGCACCCAACCGAUGGUCCGACAGAGCGCUGGUUUCGCAAGGACCUGUCCGAAACAUAUUUGGGAAGAGACGGCUUGAAGUGCUUCGUCGUCGCCGCCAACUGGAGUACAGACCGCGAGUAUUUCUGGGACGGUGCUGGCUACAGUUCCAUAUAUGGUCAAGACGGACAAAGGCUUGCCUACCUGAAUGAUGAAGUUGGAGACAGCAUCUUGUACAGCGACAUACCAUGUCACUCGUCCUGA